AUGAAACCUAAGCCUGUCGUGUUCGAGAUAGUCAAGCAACCGAGAGUUAGCUCGCGGAAGAAGCCACAAGGGACCAUCACUCUCUUUUCCACUGUGUUGAAGCCACAGCAUGAACAGCGAGGACACGGUUACGCGCGCAUCCAAGCGCAAGCACGCCACCUCGGGCGUCCGCAAGCUACUACGCUGGGACGCCGCGCUCUGGCAGCUGUUCGAGCGCACGCUGCCGUACACAACGCACCUCAAGAGCGCGCCGCUUUUACACCUGCGCGCCCCGCUCUCGUCUAUCCAGCAGAUCCAUCAUCUAGUCGAAAGAUUCACGCGCCGUCGGUGGUGAUGGAGCAACCGAUUGUCGGCACGCGCUUGGGGUAUUAG